CCGAUUUAACUCCGGCAUACGUUGAGCUCAGGGGAAUUGGGUACGCGCUAUCGAGCAAUCAAACCAGGACCAAUAACUGCCACGCAUUGAUGGAAUGUGGGGUUUGACGGCGGGUGAUAAAGCUCAGGAGGGGCUGUGGUCCGUCCAUCGUUCGAGAAAAGAACAGGAGAGAGAAAAAAAACCAAUAGUUACAAGAAAAGGAGUCGGGAUAUUGACGUCCGUGUCAGCCGUCACGUGGGAUGCCAAUAAAUAACCUCCGUCGCGCUGUUGAUCUCGACCCCGAGCUCCUUACUCUGUUUCGUUUCCUCUUCACACUGCUUUCCUAGCCAGUUUUAUACAGUUUUCUGUUGAUUUUUCGCUGUUUUUAUCAUCAACCGUCAAAAUGCCGGGUGUUCCUCCCAACGCUCUCUCCCAGUUGAAGAAGGGCCUCAAGGCCAUGUUUCGUAACAAGAAGAAGGAUGCUAAGAAGCAGAAGGAACAGCCUCCAGGAAACCCUGCAGAGACCAAGCCUACUACGCAGACUACCGUUGCUGGUGGUGCUGCUGCCGGUGCUCCUGCUGCUCCUGCUCCUGCUCCUGCCCCUGCCCCUGCUGCUGAAUCCAAGCCUGCGGAACAAGCACCUGCACAACCCACAGAAUUAGAAGCCCCGGCCGCUGCUCCCGCUGACAAGCCUGCCGACAAGCCCGCAGAAGCGUCGCAACCCACCGAAACAAAACCAGACACUGCUGCCGCACCGGCUCCUGCGCCUGAACAAGCUCCCGCUACAGAGGCCAAGCCAGAGGCUGCUGCUCCUGCUCCCGCCACAGAGACCCCUGCUUCUGAGCCCAAGACGGACGCUCCCGCCCAAGAACAAAAGCCAGAGGCCGCCGCUCCCGCUGAACUUGCCGCUCCCGCUCCCGCCCCGGCUGCGGAAACAAAGACUGAGACCCCUGCCCCGGUUGCUGCCCCCGCUCCUGUUCCUGCUUCGCCCCCGUCGCCUAAGUCAGAAGCUCCGGCCACUGAAGCACCUGCUGCUCAGCCUACAGAGGAGAAGCCUACUGAGGAGAAGCCUGUCGAGGAGAAGCCUGCCGAGGAAAAGCCUGCUGAGGAAAAGCCCGCCGAAGCUGAGAAGCCAGUUGAGGAGAAGCCAGCUGAGCCCAAGGCCGCUGAAUCUGAGAAGCCUGCCGAAUCCGCUGAGCCGGCAAAGACUGAAGCACCCAAGCAAUAGCCUUCGGUUAAGGGCAUGACCUAAUUUGUUUUUGUUUCUUGUUUCUCGCGCGUUUGAUUUAGUCUAUGUUUAUACCUAGCAUUAGAUACCCAUUCCUGCUGGGUUCCAUGGUGGAUUUUGUUGGUCUA